ACGAAAAAAAAAAAUCUUGUUUCAACCAGCACUACUCUCUUCUUUCUCCUCGAUCCUUUUUCUUCAUACAGCUGAGCCUUCCUUCAGCUCCCACUGUUCAAUCGCACAUUAUCGCUAUGCCAGAGCUGUGCGAUGGGCGUCUUGAUGAACUCCUGAAAGAAGCGGCUAGUCGCCUCGCGACGAAGCAGCCGCCACGGCCCAAGGAUUGCACCUUGAUUGCCACGAAGGCCGCGCCUGCCAAUCCAACUCUGGAUUCAAAGGUGCAAGCCGAGGCACAAGACCCAAAGAGCGUUACGCUUCGCGAUCCUAGGCCAGCGGAGAAGAAGACUGCCAAAGAUGAUGCCGGCCCGGCCUGGUUUGGCAUUCCCAAGACAGAUCCCAACGAUCCCGAGCUGAAGCGAGAUCUUCAGAUUCUUCACAUGAGAGGAACCGCCAUCGAUUCUAAGCGACACUACAAGAAGGAAUCCCUCAAAGCCAAGGUACCUCGCUACGCUCAUGUUGGACGCAUUGUUGAGGGCCCGACCGAGUUCUACAGCGCUCGCUUGACACGCAAAGAGAGAACGCAGACACUGGUGGAUGAGUUGUUAAGCGCAGAAAAGGCGUCGGGCAAGUUCAGAUCCAAAUAUGAGGCGAUUCAGACGAAAAAGGCGAGCGGCAAAAAGGCCUUUUACAAAAAACUGGUUGAGCGCCGCCGGCGCAGCCGCCAGUAGCCAGGAACACGUUUUACUCUGGCUGAAGAUGUCUCCUUUAAAUUCGUGAUACCCGAAGUCGCUGGCUGAUAGCUGCGCAAAACAAAUCAAAAUUCAAAACAUGAACUAUGGCCCGAGUUGCAGGUGUCAGGAAUGCAAGACAUGAAGGAUGUGAAUAUUCGAUGAAAUCGUGUUGAAUUCAAUCACUACAAUGAACUAUCCUUGAGAAGCAA